GCAUAAUACUAUCGGCGGUGAACAAGUUCUAAUCAUCUGCAAGCUCAAUCAUUCUAUAAGCUGCACAUUCUCAAUAUGGAAGGACUUAUAAACAUAUUGAUGUGUUCAAUAUAUGCUCAGAUUUUCUAUUGCGUCGUCUCUUCAGAGCCAUGGCUUAACGUACGAUUUUUGUGUUCAUCGAAAUUGGAAUUGUCCUGCAGUGAUAAUAUUGACAGCAAUGGAGCAACUUUAUGGUUUUUUUACAUGACUUCAUACGGAGAUAAGCAAAACAAGAAAAACAUUUUGAAAAUAGUAAAAAAUGACACUGAUUGCAGUGUUACCCAUCUGAAAGCUAUGAAAUCGACGCCGCUAUGCGCAUGUAUAAAUCACACUGGUGUCAUCUGUACCAUCUCUGUUGAUGGAAUUGCUAACCCAGGCGACAUAUGGCAAUGUGAAAAAUUCGCAGGCGGGGUCGCUUUGCACAGCAAGAGUUUGGCAUUACCAAGCCCAGGGCAGGACAACAGCGACUGUACAGCAAUAUCGGUUACACACACAUUCCCUGAGGAGGAAACUACAGAUAGUACACGUUUAACCAACAACAAUGUAACAGUUCUGGCAAUGGAUGCAACUUAUACCACAGCUGAAAUAGGAAACAAUUCCACUGCCAUGAAUAUCAGCAAUACAAACACGUCGAAUAACGACCAAUCUGGUAACGUAUGAUUCAAAUUAAAUUAUAAUUUUAAGAAGUGUAC